AUAGUGAUGUCCAUUUGUCCGAAAGCUAGCUAGAUCUGGCGGGAAAAAGACGUAAAGCAAUUAAAGUGCCAAGUGAAACGCAAUGAAAACAAUUCUCAUAAUGACGGCUAUUAAAUAAAUAAAUUAGCUAUCACACAGUUGACCUUGUGUCAAUAACUUCGCGUGGAGAGUAUUAAAACGUUAAUACGCAGAAAAGAAAACUCAGUCGAGGGCAACGGACACGUACACGUUUAAAGUUCAAAGGAACCCGUAGAUUUGCAUGCGACGCGAAUAGAGGAGCGAGAGUUCCUAAACACAGACAGAGAAGAUGUCACAAAACCAAUCUUACUUCUGGCAGACGACCAGACACAAUGUAUACCUGAAGCGCUCGGCAAAAUGGCACAUGGCGCUGGCCCUGAUGGUGGUGCUCACAUUCGGCACAAUUUGUGCAGCGGAAGCUCAACCGGAUAGUGCGGACAAUGCGGUCAUUGAAUCCGGAAUACAGAGCAACUUGGAGGUGCAGGGCGAUUUAAAUAAGCCAACGGACCUGAGUUCUUUAGCGGAGAAAUCAAAGGAUGAUGCGGAUCGGCCAAAGUCGACGGGCACCUUUAUCGAUGCGUUCACCGCAUCGAUCUCUGUUAUCUUACUAACAGAGCUAGGGGAUAAGACUUUCUUCAUUGCCGCCAUCAUGGCCAUGCGCCAUCCGCGUUUGAUUGUCUUUGGCGGUGCCAUCGCCGCCUUGGCGCUAAUGACGGUACUCUCAUGCGCAUUUGGCAUGGCAGCGAACUUUAUUCCUAAGACUUAUACGUAUUAUAUCUCAACUGCAUUAUUUUUAAUAUUUGGUUUGAAAAUGCUGUACGACGGCUACAAAAUGAAACCAACCGACGCUCAGGAGGAACUAGAAGAGGUGCAAACAGAUCUGCGCAAGCGCGAGGAUGAGUUACUGCGCAAGGCCAGCCGAAAGUACGAGGACGCGGAGGGCAAGCGAAAGAACAGCAACUCGGACAAGGAGGAUGCCAGCGAGCAGGCGCUCAUCCAUGGCCGCAACUCCAUUUCGACGGCAGCAGGUUCCACCACGGACAUGCAGCAUCGCCAGCGAAAGCAGCGCAACCAUCUCAAUAACAACAACGGCACCACCAUCCAUACUAAUAGUAAGCAAAAUAGCUGUGAUAAAACUGGCAACGAUGACGAGGACCGGGAGCAGCACGAAUCGGAAGUGUUCCUCAAGGAGGGCGGUCGCAUUGUGGAGCAGCUCAAGAUGAAGACCUUCCCCAGCAGCCCGGCCCACUCGGCGGCCUCAUCGAACCAGACCGAACAAACCAACUCCAUUGCCGCCUCCACCACCACCGUCGAUGUCCAGCUGGCUGGCCAUCCCACCGAUCCGUCCGUAGGCGGCGCCUCGGAGCCCCGUGCUCCGCUGGCCGGACACGAUAGCAUGCACAGUCUCAACGGCAGCCUGAACGGGGAUUCUGGACCUGUGAAUGGCACUCUCAAAGCACGGCUGGAUCGUGAUGUGAACGCGGCGCUGGUGAGUGACGCCGAGAGCGGUCGUCGCCGUCCACAGAAACGAGGUGCCACCUACUUCACCAUGCGCAUCCUGGCCCAGGCCUUUACGAUGACCUUCCUGGCCGAGUGGGGCGACCGCUCCCAACUGACCACCAUUAUUCUCGCCGCUAGCAAGGACGUUUAUGGCGUAAUCGCUGGCGGUGUUAUUGGCCACUGCAUCUGCACCGGCCUGGCUGUGAUUGGUGGUCGUCUUGUGGCUUCCAAAAUCUCAGUGCGCACUGUCACCAUUGUGGGUGGCAUUGUGUUCAUCGGAUUCGCCAUCUACGCUGUCGCCAUACCUCCGGAUGACUUGUAGGCGAAGACUUUAUACUCUAAACGAGAUUGCCCGUUGACGACACCACAAUAUUAUGAAGAUUUAGUUUUAGUUACUAACUGAUAACCCCCAUUUUUCUUCGAGGAGCAUCAGGCGAGGAUCGAAUUCAUUCAAGACGGAAUGCAUCAAUGUAUUUAACGUAGCUUUCUUGCCAAACAACCUGACAUAUUUAUGCAAAAAAAGUGCCUUCAGUGCUUUCCGCUUCGGCCAUGACAUACAUUUUUAGUUCACACAAUGAAUUCUUCUGUUUUCCAAUUGUCUAGUAUCGCUUUGAUUUGAUUGUUCAGUUUCGGGUUCGUGUUAAGUAUUAAAGAUGAUUGUACAUACGCGUGUAGAGCUACCACGAUGCCCACGCUCCUCCGAGUUGUAUCCUUCCCUCCAUAACCCACAUCCUUAUUCGCAUAUUUGUUUACGUAGCCGUGUUUACUUAAUGGAAACAACCAAAAUGAAACUUUGUAGAUUUGAUUAUUUAUGCGAUUUUUGUAUGAAAAACUUAGUAAAUUGAGCAAAACAAAA